AUGAGUUGUCAGAUCACGUGCAAAUCUCGAGGAAGAGGAGGUGGAGGAGGAUUCCGGGGCUUUAGCAGCGGUUCGGCCGUGAUCUCCGGUGGGAGCCGGAGGUCAGGCGCCAGCUUCUCCUGCUUGAGCCGCCAUGGUGGCGGCGGCGGCGGAGGGGGCUUCGGUGGAGGCGGCUUUGGCAGCCGGAGUCUUGUCGGCCUUGGAGGAACCAAAAGCAUCUCCAUUAGUGUGGCUGGAGGAGGUGGAAGCUUUGGCUCCGGUGGCGGAUUUGGUGGCAGAGGAGGUGGCUUUGGAGGUGGCGGCGGCGGCGGCUUCGGAGGUGGCAGUGGCUUCGGAGGUGGCGGCGGUGGCGGUGGCAGUGGCUUCGGAGGUGGCAGUGGCUUCGGAGGCGGUGGUUUUGGAGGCGGCGGCUUUGGUGGAGGCCGUUUAGGAGGUGGCGGUGGCUUUGGGGGUCCUGGUGGCUUUGGGCCCGGUGGACUCCCUGGUGGAGGCAUCCAUGAAGUCUCGGUCAACCAGAGCCUCCUGCAGCCUCUCAACGUGAAAGUGGACCCUGAGAUCCAGAAUGUGAAAUCUCAGGAGCGGGAGCAGAUCAAAACGCUCAACAACAAAUUUGCCACCUUCAUCGACAAGGUGCGCUUCCUGGAGCAGCAGAACCAGGUGUUGCAGACCAAAUGGGAGCUGCUACAGCAAAUGGAUGUCAACACCCAAACUACCAACCUGAACCCCAUCUUUCAGGCGUACAUUGGCCAACUGAAGAAAUAUGUGGAUUCACUCUCUGCAGAAAGAACAUCACAAGAUUCAGAGCUGGGCAACAUGCAGGAUCUUGUUGAGGAAUAUAAGAAGAAGUAUGAAGAUGAAAUCAACAAGCGCACAGCUGCUGAGAAUGAUUUUGUGACACUUAAAAAGGAUGUGGACAAUACCUACAUGAAUAAGGUGGAGCUGCAGUCCAAGGUGGAUGUGCUGACCCAGGAGCUUGAGUUCACAAAAGUCCUCUUUGAUGCGGAGCUGUCUCAGACGCAUCAGACUAUCACCGACACCAAUGUCAUCCUCUCCAUGGACAACAACCGCAACCUGGACCUGGACAGCAUCAUUGCUGAGGUCCAGAGUCAGUAUGAGGAGAUCGCCUAUAAGAGCAAGGCUGAGGCUGAGGCCCUGUACCAGAGUAAGUAUGAGGAACUCCAGGUCACUGCCGGGAAACAAGGAGACAGUGUGAGAGAGAUCAAGAUGGAGAUCAACGAGCUGAACCGCAUGAUCCAGAGACUGAAAGGGGAGAUCGACCAUGUGAAAAAGCAGUGUAAGAAUGUGCAAGACAACAUUGCAGAUGCUGAACAGAGGGGAGAGAAUGCUAUAAAAGAUGCCAAGAACAAGCUCACUGACCUAGAGGAAGCCCUGCAGCAGGCCCGGGAGGAGCUGGCCCGGUUGCUGCGUGACUACCAGGAGCUCAUGAACACCAAGCUGGCCCUAGAUGUUGAAAUUGCCACCUACCGCAAGCUGCUGGAGGGCGAGGAAUACAGGAUGUCUGGAGACCUCAGCAGCAACGUGACUGUGUCUGUGACGAGCAGCACCAUGUCUUCAAGUACGGCAUCCAGGGCUGGCAUAGGAGGCCAAGGUUCUGGAGGGAGAGGAUCUGGCUCUGGAGGAGGAGGAGGCUACAGCUCUGGAAGCAGCAGUUACGGCUCUGGAGGCAGAGGGUCAGGCUCCAGAAGUGGUGGUGGAGGGGGCUAUGGCUCUGGAGGAGGUUCUAGAGGCUCUGGAGGAGGAUCUAGAGGCUCUGGAGGAGGAUCUGGUUCUGGAGGAGGUUCUAGAGGAGGAUCUGGAGGAGGAUCUGGCUGGGGCGGUGGCUCCAGGGGAGGCUCUGGCUCUGGGGGAGGAUAUGGUUCUGGAGGGGGCUCUAGAGGAGGCUCUGGAGGGGGGUAUAGUUCUGGGGGCGGCUAUAAAGGGGGCGGCUCUAGCUCUGACAAGGCUGGUUCUGGCUCAGGUGACGGUUACGCUUCCCACACAAAUUUAUCUUUUAGAUAA